AUGACUGCUCUACUGGGCUCUGCCCUUCUGAUGCUACUUGCGAGCAGACCAGUGGUCGCUGGAUCGUUGAAGGAUAUCGAGCAUGUGGUGAUAUUCAUGCAGGAGAAUCGAUCAUGGAACAAUUAUUUUGGGACCAUGGCUGGUGUUCGAGGAUUCAAUGACCCUAAUGUUCAGGUCAACUCCGACGGGCUGCCGGUUUACUACCAACAAGUUGACUCUUCUAUGUCUACCAAGACAAAGACUCUUCUCCCUUGGUAUCUGGGCUACCUGGGUGGGUCCACAGUUGAUGCUAUGCAGUGCAUGACUGCCGGAAGUAACGGUUAUGAGGAUAACCAGGCCGCCAUCAACCACGGUCUUAACAACAUGUGGGCACGCAACAAUACCCCUUGGAGCUGGGGAUAUCUCAAAAGAAGCGACAUCCCUGUUCAUUUUGGUAUUGCGGAGGGCUGGACUGCGGGGGAUAUGUAUCAAGAAUCUCAAGUUACUUCGACCAACCCCAAUCGCGUCACACUGGUCAGUGGCUCCAUCAAUGUACCGGGAGGUCCCCAGAGCCCCGACCAGGGUGGCCCUUACUUGGACAACAAUGAGACCCCAGGCUGCGAAGAUAACGAUAUCAACUGUUACCCCUUGAAAUGGAAGACUAUCUACGAGAUUUACGAGGAAGCUGGCGUUUCAUGGCAAGUUUGGCAAGACUCCGACAACUUCGACGACAACCCCUUGGCGUGGUUUGAGCAAUUCCAGAACGCGUCUUCUGAUUCACCUCUUGCCAAGAAGGGCCUGUCAUAUGUCGGCCUUGACAGCUUCUACGAGGCAGCGGCGAACGGAACUCUUCCAGAAGUCAGCUUCAUCGUUGGCCCUGCUGAGCUGUCCGAACAUCCUCCUUACAUGCCCAAGGAUGGAGCAUGGCUUCAAAAGAAGGUUGUUGAUGCCGUGACCAGCAGCCCCAAAUAUGGCUCAACUUUGUUGAUGAUCAGUUACGACGAAUCUGGUGGUUGGGGUGAUCAUGUCGUCCCCUUCCACUCCCCCGAAGGCACUGCUGGUGAAUGGAUGGAAGAUCCCUAUGGACUGUUCGGCAACAUUUACUCCGGCCCCGGUGUCCGCGUACCUUUCUACAUGAUCUCUCCCUGGACGCGUGGUGGUCGUGUUUUCACCGAGCGCGCCGAUCACAACUCUCAAAUCCUCUUUGUCGAGCAGUGGUUGGAGGCCCGCGGAUACAAGAACGUCCAAACACCCGAGAUGGUCAACUGGCGCCGUGAGCACAUGUCUAACCUGGUCAAUGCUUUGGAUCUGGAUAAUCCGGAUAUGAGCCUGCCUACGAUCCCUGACGCCGAAACCCCCGAUAUGUCUGGUAGCUCGUAUACUGGAACAUCCAACUGUGAGGCCACGUACCCUGUUCAGCGUCCCACUGUGCCAUAUGGUCAGCAGAGUAAUAAGACCGAGGCUUUGUGGUUCGAGGAUGGAUACAAGGAGGUUGUCGGUUAUCUGACUGAGGGUCGUUAUCUCACUUUUGAAAGCUCUGGCAAGGCUCUUACCAACGCUGGAAACGUUAGCCGCGUGAGCAGCACCAAAGCUCUUGCCGAUCACUCGGACAAGCAUCAGCGCUGGGUCAUCCACUACACCUCGGACGAAGAAAGUCAAGUAUUCCAGAUCUCCAGUGCGGUUGACAGCAAGUGGAUUGGCACCAAUGGUUCUCUUGCUUCCGGUCGCAGUAAUGCCGCCAAUAUUAAGAUUACCUUCCUUGGGAAUGGCAAGGGCUAUUCUCUGCAAUAUGAGGAUGGAACUACUGUUGCCGGUCUUGAAAAUGGCAUCAAAAUUUGGAGUGUGUCUUAUCAUUAA